AUGGGGGUGGGGGUCUGCAGAGAAGCUGUGCUAGACAGAGGGGCCCUCCCUCACUCCCUCUCCCUCUCCCCCCGCAUCCCUGCGCAGACACCGCCUUCUGCUCAGUGCUGUGCUAGGCUCUCUGCUGCAAGGUGCUGGGUGAGGCAGGUGGGCCUCCAGGGGCGUGGGCGAAGGGCUAUCAGAGGACCAGGGCUAUGUGUGUUGUGGGGGUCCCUUGCUGUGAACACAUCCCUCCCCACCGUGCUGGCAACUGGGAUCCCUCCAUCCGUCCCAGGCUUGGGGACCCAGUUUUCUCCAGCAGGGAGGGUGAAAGCCCCACAUUUAUCCCUGGAGAGUGGGGGGUUUGCAGAGGGGGAGUGAUCCCGGCUGAAGACACCUGGGCCUCUGCCCCGGGCUGACGGCAGGAGGGCCCAUGCCACCUUCUCUGCUUUCCCGGCUUGGCAUGAAAGGGGUCCCUUACCCCUCAUUCCUGACUCUUCUCCAGGGAUGCUCGUGCCUCCUUACCCGCCCCCCAGUCAAAUCUGUCCUGAGAUAGUUUGUCCCUGUCGAUGGCGAGGUGUGGCGUCUGGGGGGCUUGCCUUCUCUCCUGAGUGCUUUUGCCCCGGCAGAGAGGGGCCCAAGCUUCCUUCUGUGGGCGGAGGGGGCCUUUCAGGAGAAACAGGGCUUUCCUGGCCCCAGACUGGCUGUGCUAUGGCUGGUCCCAGGUUUACUCAGAAGAUGGGUCCUGAGAGGAGGAAGGGCAAGGAAUCUGUCUGUCACAUGUGAAGCCCACUGAUGCCACUGCCUGACAGAGCCACCUGGGGUCAGCAGUGACUGUUAACCCCUCAGCUCCUGAGUCCUCUUCCCUAGGGCACUGGUCCUGCUUUGUGGAAGGCUCGACCUGGGGUUCCCCACCCGGGGGCCCAUGUCCCUUAUCCGUCACUUGGGGUGAUGUCACACUUCCUCCCUGCCUGUCCCCCUCCCCAGGACACACUGAGAUGAAGGUCAGGAAAUCUGCUGCUCACAGAGCCAGGGCUAUGCAGUGGGGAGGGAUAGUUCUGGUCAAGUUGAGCCACUGCCUCAGCCUCAGUUUCCCCACACAGCACAAGCCUCUCUUCCUGACUCACACAGAGGACAGUGCUGAAGAUGGGACGAGGGGAUGCAGGGAAAGCACCCAGCACCUGUAAGUGCCGUCUGGAUGCAACCUGGGGGUCCUGGCUGUCCUCUCACCAGUUCUCCAGGCUGUGCGCCCUCCUGCCUCUCACGGGGCGCUGGCUCGAGACUGGGGCUGGGCUCGGUGAUUCUCAGGCUGACCCCUCAGGUCCGGGUGGGGCUGAGAUCCUGCCUUCCUCAGGAGCUCUCAGGCAGCUGCCUAGGGUUGGCUCUAGUUCUUGCUGCCCUUUAGAAUUGCCUGUGGAGUUAAAAAAAUACUGAAGCCCAGAUCCUAAAUUAUUUUUUUGUUUUCCUUUCCAGAUCAGACCUUAGGACUCAGACAGACUGGUUAAUUCUAAAUUUCUGGGGAUGAGGUGCAGACAGGUUAUCUGUUUCAAAGUUCCCUGGGAGGCCUUGCUCUCCCUCACAGGGGUCCCUGGGGCCUGGAGGCUGGGAGUGGCCCCCUGCCAGAGCCAGACUCGCCAGUGGGAGGGGAGUGGGUUUGGGCCCCCAGAGCUGGAGGCCAGGCCUGCAGGUUUUGCUGAGUUUCAGGGUGUGGCAGGAGAGGGGCUGUGUACUGGGGGGGGGGAGCGGAGGGCUGAUGGGCAUGGUUAGGGGUCAAGGGUCGAAACAGACAGAAACUACACUGGGAGUUUUAGCUCAGUCUGGGUGGGUCUACUGGGGCAUGUGUAGGAGCUCCCCUGAACAGUUUCCAGGCCACCCCCACCUCUGCACUGUGUCAUCCUCAGGCUGGGAUGUAGUGGAAAGUGACCUGGAGUCAGGAAAUCCUGCCACUGGUACCCAAGUGGCCUUGGGUGUAUUAUGCUAUUAAUCUCUCAGGACUUGGUUUUUGCAUGUGUCAAAUGUUGAUGCUUUUAUGUGCUCACUAUAUCCCCAAGUGGAUGAGAGAGUUAAAUAAGAACACACACACACACACACACACACACACACACACACACACACACGCGCCCCUAGCAUAGUAACUGCUCAAUAAAUGUUAGAGAAAAUAAUUCAGGUAUGAGGCCAGUCCUGGGAGGUGUGAACAGCACCCAGUUCAGGUCAAGUGCACCAGUGUUUACUGAGCAGCCCUGUGGCCUCACCUUCAGGGGUUUAUAAUCUGCCUGUUGAAUCCCAGCAUCAGAGCAGGGUGGUGUGUGACAAGCUCCUCCCCCAUGGCCUCCCCUGCAGCGCCCCCUUACCAGUGAGGGCGCCCCAGAGGGCCUGGCUCAGCUCUCAGGGCUCCUGGCAUUUGACUUCGUCCUCCCAACAACCCAAUGAGCAGGUGGUGUUGUUAUUCUCAUUCUAGGAGGGAAGCUAAGGCACAGCCAUUCAGCAAUGCUAGCUCAUCCAGCCUGUGGUGGUAGGGUAUGGCUUGGGACCUGUGGUGUACCCCCCAGCCCAGCGUCUGGCCACUUUGCUCUGUGGCCCCGAUAUCCAGGCACAGCCACAGGCCUGUGGCCUCCUUAUCCUCCCUCACUGGGCCUGGCGCUGGCUCUGCCUCCCCCUGGAGUGUUGUCCCUCCCUCUGUGCCUGGUGGCCACUGCUCCCUGCUUGCAGCCCAGCUGAGAGCCCCUCCUCAGGGACACACUUCUGGUGGCCUUGGUUGGCAUCUUCUCCUCUGUUACUUUCUCUGUUCUGGAGAAGGAGAAGGCGCCUUUGCAUGUGUGUCGCCUUCUUGCUGCACAGGCCAGUCUCACCUCCUGCUGGGAGCCCCUGAGGGCAGGGCCACGCUGGACCUUGGCUCAUGUUCCCCGAGUUGAGCUGCUGUCACAGUUCCAAGGAAGAAAAGAGCAGGGAGGCUGGAGCAGGCAGGAGGGGCUUCCUGGAGGUGGAGGGCCUGAACCCUAGGGGAAGAGGAUGGCAUUCCAGGGCCUGUCCCAACAGGGGCUCUCUCCCCUUCCUGCUUCUCGCCCAAGCUGAGGGUCCCAGACCCUGGCCAGCGAGGCAGUUCCUGGGGCCUGAACCUUCCUUCCCUCUCAACCCCACCCUCUCCGGGAACCAGGAAGCUGGGGCCAGUGCCCAGCUCUGCCUCGGGCGCCCGGCCUCUGCCCCCUUCUUAGAAGCCUUCAGAAGAGACUACCUGUUCUUGUCGUCUACACCCAGCUGCUGCAAAGCCCUUCCUGCCGUCGGCCCUGCGCCUCCCAGACUGCUGUGCUUCUGUGAGUGUCCGCUCUGUGCGGGGCAGCGGGCCAGGAGCUGGGCCAGGAGGUGACAGAGCCCAGCCCUGGCUUUGAGGAGCUCAGGGCUUGUUGGGAGAGACCUGCAAGGACACCAGGAACCUGGCACAGAUGAACGGGUGGCUGGAGCUGGGCCCCUGCAGCCCCAAGGGCUGGGUGGAGUCCCACUGGCUGCAGAGGCCCUGUGUUGCCUUGGCAACCUUUUUCCCUCCCUGGGCCUUAGUUUCCCCAUCUGUAAAAUGAGGAGCAGGCUAGAUUAUCUCUGAGGGCAUUUCCGAAUCUGAUAGCCCGUGAAUUAUAUUUCAGAACAAGAGGCCAGUGCCAGUGGCGUCUUGCACUGUGGUGGUCCUUAGAACAGUGACAGCUACCUCCUGAAAGACAGUGUCGUGGGCAAGCAUGUUUGGGAAACCCUGCUUGCUACGUCUUUUUAGAGAUGCAGGGCCUGUUCGUGUGUUACAAGUUCUAAGUUCUGCAGUUAAGAAACACUCUUUGUUUAAGAUAUGAGUCCUCAACUUAUUACUAUUAUUAUGAAUUUUUGAGGGUGGUGGUUUUGGCCUGCUCCAGAGAGAAAGCAGUCAGUUCAGGUGGACUCAGAGGCACCGUGGCCCCAAGAUGUGACGUCUCAUACCCUGGGGUGGCCCUGCCUUGGUCUCUAGCUCUGUUCAGCCUCAUUUGACAUUUACUGGGUGACUACUCCAUGCCAGUCCUGGGACAAGGACUGGGCUGAUAGAAUAUAGCUCCUGUCCAGCAAGUCCCUAUGUCCCUUAUGACUUCCGAGUCCUCACCUCCUUGCCCCUGAGUUUCCGUCCUGGUCAUCCCCUCCAACUCCUCUCCUCCAACUCUGGGGUCCUCCUGCUUCCUCUUCUCUCCCUCCCUCUUCCUCCCUCUCAGGAGUCCCUGAGGAGCUCUGAUGUCCCUUAGUGUGCUGUCCUCAACUCCUCAGUCCCCCGUAAUGCAGCACACAGCUCUACACCCCUAUCCCUACCCCACCCACCCCCUUGACCAAAGCUGCAGCCGUGCCCUCUCCCCCCAGCCCUGCCAUGUGGCCUAAGCCCUGCUGCCUGGACACCUGGCCUGGUGGCCGAGGCGCUGCCUCCUGCCUUGCUUACUGUCCAGCAGGACACUGUUCCUGCCAGGCUGUGUGGCUGGAGCUGGGUCCCUCUCACUCUCCUCUGUGGUGCCAAGCACAUAGAACAUGCUCAGUGAUGUAAGUGACUGAAUGGCUGGGCAGCGUGGUGCGGAGGCUGCUCAGUGCUCCUGAGCCAGAUGGCUCCAGGUUUGAACCCUGGCACCCCCAUUUAUUAGCUGUGUGUCCUUGGCAGGUGGCUGAAGGUCUCUGAGUCUCAGUUCCCUUCCAGGUCGUGGUGAGAGUUAAAUCAGAUAGCGCACGUAAACACUCAGGAUGGUGCCUGGCACGCGGUGGGGCCCAGUAAACGGCAGCUCUUGCCAUUAGCAUCUGGGGGAUCUGCCCAUGCAGGUGCCAUCGCCGGAUGUUCCCCCUUCUGCUCCCAGUAACCCUGGAGGAUGAGAGGGCAAGGACAGGAUGACAUCCCGCUAAACCCAAGCAGAAAGGGAAGUGAGUGACUGAGGUCGCCUGACUCUUUAGUCUUGGAACUGGACAUCUCUGCUGUGCUUUUUGCCCCGUGGGUCCCUGAGGACCCUCCCAGGCAAGGCUCUACUGUCUGCAGGGUGAAGACGGGGGAGUGUGCCUGGUCUUCAGGGAGCUCGUGGAUGAGCUGGGAGUUUGUCAUGUGUGCGCGCACCCGGGUUGAGACAGUGGCGAAGGCGGAGGGGAGGAGGGGGUUGGGAGUGGGGUAUUGGAUGGGCCUGUUGGUGUCACCCUGGUCUGAGCAGGGUGGGCUACACGUGGCUAAUGGGCACCGUUGUCCUUCCACCUCUGGCUGGGGCCUGCAGCUUGGGGGAAGGGCCUUGUCAAGGUGGCCCAGCUUAGGAGGUGUGGGAGGUGAUGACAGGACUGGGUCUUCUCCCUCUGAAUUCCCUGUCACUUUACUGUGUUAUCCAAGGUGUGGCCCAGGAUCAGCGUUGAGCAUGACCGGGCCUAGGCUGCCACCUUCCUGAUCUCACCUCUGUCCCCUGAAAGUGAAAAUGGGGUGAUCUGGUGGGAUUUUAGUGUUUGUGUGAGCAUGUAGGGCCCUCCCCUGCAAUAAAGUUUCCUUAUUCUUUGAUGAUGUCACUUUAUAAUGAAAAAGGGAGCUGAGUGACCGUGUGCCCAAGAUCUGGAGCCAGAGACACCAGAGUUCAAGGCUGGCCCUUGCCUGGCUUAAUGGUGGUGGGAUUGGGCCAAGUUACGAAAUUUUCCCUAGCCUCAGUCUGUGAAAUGAGAUAACAAUUCCAGCCUAGCAAUACCUGAAAUGUCACAAAGUAAAAUUAGGAAUGGCAAGUGCUCAGCAUAGCACCUGGGAUAGACACAGGAUGCAGUUGUGUCCUUCUGUCAUUUCACCUGUCAGUAACA